AGGGGUCUCGGCCCUGGCUCGCUCGACUCGGAUCCCGAGGCGGCGCGCUGGGGACCUAAACGCGCUCCUCCCGGCGGGCUCCCGUCCGGAGCUGCUGUGAUCCGUGUGGCGAGGGCUGCGCCCCCCCUUGGGGGCGGAGCUCGUCUGUACGGGUCGCCGAUUGGCGGCGAGCUUUCCCUUGCACCUUCCUGGUCCGGUCUAGGUGUGAGCCCACCAGCGUCCGGCUGGCCUUCGCGCGCCUUGGGUUGCCACUUCAUUUUCCAGAGAUGCGUUAACUUCGCCCAGACGAGUCGGAGCGCCGCACUAGCAGCGGUUUCUAGAAGUUUGGAUUUACAUAUUUUGUUGUUAGGUGCUCAUAGCUUUAUUUUCCAUGACAGAUCUUGACGACAAUACAUGCAAAAAAUAUAUAAAGAUGAUUACUAACAUAGUAAUACUGAGCUUGAUCAUUUGCAUUUCCCUAGCUUUCUGGAUUAUGUCAAUGACUGCUAGCACCUAUUAUGGUAAUUUACGGCCCAUUUCUCCUUGGCGUUGGUUGUUUUCUGUUGUUGUUCCUGUUGUGAUCACCUGCAAUGGCUUUAAAAAGAAAAGUCUAGACCACAGCGGAGCUUUAGGAGGGCUAGUGGUUGGAUUUAUCUUAACCAUUGCAAAUUUCAGUUUUUUUACCUCUUUGCUGAUGUUUUUCCUUUCAUCUUCAAAACUCACUAAAUGGAAGGGAGAAAUGAAGAAGCGUCUAGAUUCAGAAUACAAGGAAGGAGGGCAAAGGAACUGGAUCCAGGUAUUCUGUAAUGGAGCUGUGCCCACAGAGCUGGCUCUGCUCUACAUGAUAGAAAAUGGCCCCGGGGAAAUGCCCAUCGAUUUUUCCAAACAGCACACUGCUUCCUGGAUGUGUUUGUCUCUCUUGGCUGCACUGGCCUCCUCUGCUGGAGAUACCUGGGCUUCCGAAGUUGGCACAGUUCUGAGCAAAAGCCCACCUCGGCUAAUUACAACCUGGGAGAAGGUUCCAGUUGGGACCAAUGGAGGAGUUACAGUGGUGGGACUUGUCUCCAGUCUCCUUGGUGGCACCUUUGUGGGCAUCACCUAUUUCCUGACACAGUUGGUAUUUGUGAAUGAUUUAGACAUUUCUGCUCCCCAGUGGCCCAUUAUUGCAUUUGGAGGUCUGGCUGGAUUACUAGGAUCAGUUGUGGACUCAUAUUUAGGGGCAACAAUGCAGUUUACUGGUUUGGAUGAAAGCACUGGCCUGGUGGUCAACAGCCCAACCAAGGAUGCCAAGCAUAUAUCAGGGAAACCCAUUCUUGACAACAAUGCAGUGAAUCUGUUUUCUUCUGUUCUGGUUGCCCUCUUGCUCCCAACAGCUGCUUGGGGGUUUUGGCCUAGAGAAUGAAACUUGUUUUAUUCCCAACUGGUUGAUACUGAGCCCCUGACAGAAGAAAUGAGGAAAGAAGAUCAUCUCUGAAGGUGCGGGUCGGGGUCCGUUGCUUGGCCUUUCUUCAGAUUCCCUGCCCCACCUGGUUGCAGGGGAGAAAAGACACCUGACUCCAAGGUCGCCACAGCCUUUGUAAGAAAUAUGGACCUUCAUUUCAUAAUAAAAGCACUGGAGACUAGUGGAAACCAAGACAGUUUAUUUCAUGACCUUGCAAAGCUGGUCAGCCUAGAUUGGAAGGCACACUAGUCGACUGAGAGCAGAGAACAGGUUUUUUUUGUUUUGUUUUGUUUUAAAAUAAUUUUAAUGUAUUUUUAUUCAAUGUUUGUGCACUUCAUACAAUAAAUCUUAAUCAUAUUUAGACCCCCCCAUCAUCUACCCUCUCCAACCCCCCAAUCAGAUUUCAUGCAUCCUGCCACAUAUGUUAAGGCCUAUCGAGUC